UCUCUUUUGAAAUUGAACGUAGUGUAAAGAACUAUGGCGUCGUUUAAGAAAGUAAACACAAAGGUGUUUGCCAGAGUUGGGCCGGAAUUAUCGGAAGACAACAUAUACUGGAAGCAAUAUACGGCUCCAGUUUUGCUUAAGGAAUUUGGUCCAAUAGAUUACAUUGACUUUUCACCAGUAGAACCACAUUACUUCGCUGUUACUUGCUCGGUAAGAGUGCAAGUAUAUAAUCCGAUCACAAAGCUGGUGACAAAAACGUACAGCAGGUUUAAAGAGGCUGCGUAUGGAAGUUGCUUUCGCAGAGAUGGCAAACUGCUGUGUGCCGGGGGAGAGGAAGCGGUGGUCAGACUCUUCAACAUCAGCUCGAACAGCAUGUUACGGCUUUUUUCCGGUCACAAGGCUGCGGUUCACAGAGUCUUCUUUACAGCCGACGAUCUUCACAUCGCUUCGUUCUCCGAUGACAAAAGCGUCGUAUUGUGGGACAUACCUAGCGAGAAACAAUUGACGAGCUUUAACGAGCACAGUGAUUACAUCAGAGCUGGCGCUGUGAGUCCUGUGUCCACUGACGUGUUGAUAUCCGGUGGAUAUGACAAAAUCGUACACAUGUACGACAGUAGAACGAAUAAAAAGAUACUUAGCGUUAAUCACGAUGCACCGGUGGAAAGUUUGCUCUUCUUGCCCACUGGUGGAAUAUUCUUGUCCGCAGGCGGAACUGACAUCAAAGUCUGGGACGCUCUCGCGGGUGGCAAAUUACUGGCAAAAAUCACUCAACAUCAUAAAACGGUCACAUGUUUGAAAAUCGCAUCCAACGGUCACAGGAUAUUAUCCGGCUCGUUGGACAGACAUGUGAAAAUUUACGACGCCGGGUCUUACAAAACGCUUCACACCUUAGAUUAUUCUAACGCAGUUCUGAGCGUAGGAAUUAGUGCUGGCGACGAGACCAUCGUGGCCGGUAUGGUGGACGGUCUGGUUUCGGUUCGGCGACGUGAGGAAGACGCGAAAGAUGCGAUAAAGCCAAGACGUAAGAAGAUGUCGUACAGACAUGCGGGUGAGAAUCUGCACGUUCGGAGCGUCGACAUGGUCGUGCAGCAGGAGGUAAAGGAGAUAAUGAGCAAACACGACGAGUGUCUGCGAAAAUUCCAGUACAGCAAAGCGUUGGACUGCGUGAUGAUGAAUUACGUGGUAAACAAAACGCCGCAUGUCACUGUCGCACUCACGCAGGAGCUCAUCAGGCGGGAAGGCCUGAGACGAGCCUUGGCCGGUAGAGACGGCAAAUCGCUAGUGAAUAUAAUCAAAUUUCUGAACAAAUACAUUGGCAGCAUACGUUUCGGAAGAGUGUUGGUGCACGUAGCAAAUGUUUUAUUAGAUGUGUACGAGGAUCAUUUGGACGAACUGUCGGAAGAACCGCGGAAAAUGAUGGCGAUAUUGGCGGAAAAAUUACAAGAAGAGGAACAGUUAAUUGUGGCCCUGACGCAGCUGCAGGGCUCGAUGCAGAUGCUACUCUCGAGCGCCGAAACGGUUCCGUCGUCCGCCGUAAAUGAGAAUUAUACCUUAGAACCAUCGAACGCCGCGCAAACUGAUCGUGAUCUGGUUCUAAGUAUAGCAUAAAUAAAAAUACUAUGUUUAUAAGAUAAUAUCUUUUUUGUACAUAAAAUAACAUAAAAUUCUU